AAGUCGUUCUAUCAGUCUGUGGAUGUUAUUACAUUUGCUAAACAAAACGUCGUUAAAUCUAAAAGGAGAAGGUCUAAGAGGUUUAUGGAAGUCGCCGGUGUGUAGAGGGGAUGCUGUACCGGCAGGACGUCGGCGCGGGCGAGUCGCAGUGGGUUUUCUGAAGGCUACGGCGCGUGCCGCAUGCCAACUCCGCCUCUGACCUCGCGCGACCCUAUUAAAACAAGAAAACAUCGCUGAUCGGACAUAUUGUCUCCAAUAUCCCCAACCAUGAAGUUCAUCUGUUCGUGUUUGUGUCUGGCGGUCGCGCUGGGCAGCGCCGCGGCUGCACCCGCCAACGGCUUCGUAUUCCCGGACGAGCGGCGGCGGGAGAAAAAACUGGAGCCAGUCAUCACACCUCCUGUUCUACCUUAUAUAGAACAUUUGGAGCGUGACCCUAGCACGCUGCUUCCCAACGAGACGAAGGGAAGAAACGUGCCGUCUGGUUCAGUCAAGCCUCGUUUUGGAUUCGGUGGCGGGUUUAACGUCGCACCCACCGGGCAUGGUGGUCUGACGGCUAGCAUAAGCAGCAGCGCCAACGGCCUCGGUUCCAGCCACUCGGCGUCCCAGUCAUUUUCGUUCGGAGGGUUUAACGAAGGAUUUAGUGCAUCGCAUUCAGCUAGCCAAGCCUCCUCAUUUAAUGGAUUUGGCAGCGGCUUCGGCGGCAGUCAGGCGAGCAGCCAAGCGGCCUCGUUCGGCGGUUCCGGCGGUUCCCAGUCCGGCGCGGCGUCGUCUGCUUCGGCGUUCGGCGGUCACGGCGGCUCUGGCAGUCAGAGCGCCUCGCAGGCCUUUGGCAUCAACGGCCUAAACUCCCUUGGCGGAUUCCAGCCUCAUGAGGCAACCUUUGGCGAGGGUCUAUUGGACGUAAGGCACCGAGGGAUUCCCGAAUUCCCCUUCCCAGAAUUUAUUGGCAGAAAUGGGAGAGGCAAAGGCAUAAGCGCUGCCAGCUUUAGAAAAUCGAGGCCUCUGAGUACCGAUAGCGACGAUUUUCUGGCAGUUCUAGUCUCGAACAGUUAAACACAAAUAUAAGUAUUUAGGUCCUACGUAGUUAGCGAUUAAAGAUGACGAUCUUGCCAAGUUUAUGCAAGCUGGGGUAUUUAAAUAAGAUAUAUUUAGUCUUUAUAAUUAACGCUCGCAUAAAUUUGGCAAGAAUCGUUAAUAUAUCCUUACAUAACGACAAAUAUAAUAAAAAUACGAUUGUUGUUAUGUUCAGAGGGCCUAUUAGACAAGAUGCUAAUCGUUGGCGCCGUAGCGAACGAAACGAUAAUCCCUCUUUACCACUCUUCCAUAUUAGUGCGACAGAGAGACAUUAGCGUAUGGUUCGCUACGGUGCGAACGAUUGGCAUCUUGGCUAGGCACCCUAAUAAUUCCCAUAAUAGAAACAACACAUUGCGGGUCAGUGAGCAUGAGCAUGACAAUAAAAAUAACAAUCGAACUUUGGCCACGACCCC